AAAUAAAUAAAGAAAAGAAAAAAAUAGGGUAGUCCUCAGCAGUAUUCAGCUAACUGCUCGUCUGCCUGCUGCUCGCCUCCACCAGCACACCAAAGGAGGGAAAGAGGGAAGGAGAUGAAAGGGGCCUUUGUGUGUCACACCAUAAAUUUCACAACCAGGAAGAAAGGUGAGCAGGAAGCCUCAGGAGCAUGUGACUGAGGGAACUCCUCUAGGCUCUCCUUCCCAGUAUGGGAGGGAACAGCCUAACCGCGCUGCGCUCCCUGUUCAUACAUGGCAGGGGCGUCUGUAAGGGAUCCAGAUUAGGUUUGCGUUCUGAGGUCACCAAGCAGAUCGUCUUACCUGGAGUAGAGAAUGUUUGUUCUGUCCUAGGUGUCUGCAGUGAGCAGAGAGUUCUAUGCUUUCUUCUUGGCUCUGUGGGCACUGAGUGAGGCCCCUGGCCCCUGAGACUGCCUCCCCAGGAGUGGCCCUAGCCGUGGAAGCAGGCAGGUAAGGGUUAAAAGGUAUGGGCCAGCCCAGUUCCCCGUCCAGGUAGGCUGGGCCUUUACCUAGUGGGAGGCAGCCAAGACAGCAGUCACUGCUUUUCACAUCUUACUGCCAGGAAAGCUAGGGCCUGGAUAACUACUCUUUUUCAGCUAUUGGAAGCUUCAGCCAGCACUCUGGCAUUGGUGAGUACCUCGGAGCAAUGGGCCCGGGGUGGGUGUGUGGCAGUGAAGGCACAGGAAUUGGGGGCCGGGCUGGGGUACAAUGUCCGGAGGUCAUCAUGCAGAGAGCGUGCCCUGUGGAAGGAGGACAUGGACAAAACAAGGUGGCGAUGGGAGGGUAGCGUUCAGUACAGGGGGGCCUGGGGACCAGGGCAGAUCCCCCCUGGACAUUCUUCUUGCUUGAUAAGAGCAGUUCUUGGCUGGAGAUGGAGGGAGAGGGAUGGGGCAGAGACUCAUCUCGUCUUCUCUUCCCUAUCCCUCGCUCCCUCUCCCCUUUUCAGGGCCGCCUUUCUUACCAGGGCUAUCGGCUCAGGAAAGACCAACUGAACUAUUAGGAACCACUGUUGUUCGGGCGUCUGUUCCUCCCUCUGUUUGUUCCCCAGAGUGAUGGAAGGGGAUGUGCUGUAUGUUUGGGGAGCAUUGGGGAGCAGUCCAGACUUUGCGUGUGUCUUUGCUCAAGUGGUGGCAGGAUGUGGAAAUGGGGACUCUCAUUGACAGCAUUGGAGUGCCACCCAGGUGAAGUAUCUUGGUUGUAAACAGUCAUUACAGCCAGGAAUUUUUCUCGGCUAUGGUGUCAGAAGGGCAGACCUGAAAAACCUGCUGGGCCUGCCUCUGGGUGUGUGUGUGUGUGUGUGUGUGUGUGUGUGUGUGUGUGUGUGUCCCCCCACAUGUGCCCUCAGUGACUCUCUUACUGCAGUCUAUCCCAGCAACAGGACAACAGAAUGAGAAGACAAGGCCCUAGGGCUGACAGGAGGGUCUCAGAGGUCCGUGUGAGGGUGCGUUCGUGACGUGACGCAGGGGCGGUGGAGGAUGGCUUUCCUACUCUCUCGUCUUGGUGGGAGGCAGCCCUAGGUCCCAAAGGCGAGUGUGCAGAUCGUAGCAGAGCAGAAGCAAGGGUUCCUGAGUCAGGUGUGGAGGUGUGGGGCGUUGACCUGUGUCUAGCCUGCCCAGUGACCCAAUGACUCAUACCCUCGCUAUGUCCCUGAGGUCAGACUGACAGGGUGGAGUCGGGGUUCCUGUCUGGACCCUGUGUUGACUUCCAGGAUGCUCAGAUGUGCUAAGGAAGGAGGGAUUGAGGCACGCGGGUGUGGAGCAGGAGACUGAUGUUGGUGAACGGGGUGAACGGGCCCAGCGGUCGGGGGAGUUGGGUUUCUGUUGGCGUGGCGGAGAGUUCAGGCAAGCCUUGGGAAAGUUUGCCAAACUGAAAUGGGUCCGGGAAGCAGGUGUUCUAGGAGCUGAGGGACAGAGGAAGCUGAGGUGGGGUAUCAAAGAAACCCUGCCGUGCUGGAGUGCUGAACCUCAGAUGGGUGGGCUUGGGAGACCGUCUGCAGGGCACAUACUGGCUGGAUUUGCAGAAACGGCUGUGGGGACUGUCUCUCCAUUGAUGUUGAGGUAGUACAUGAGUCCUUUGAGGGAGGGAUACAGACCCUGUGGGACAGUCAGGAAGACUACAGAGAAACUAGGGGUACCUUAUAGGCCGCUUGAUUAUACCCCACGGUGGGAAGAUGGGGAAGGAGCGUAUCGCCAGGCUUCCUUGGUUGUCUGGGUCUUCUCUAGCACAUCAUGCCAAGCUGGGAAUUUCAAGGUAGGUUAAAAUGGGGACUCGGCUGUCUCCAUUAGAUCUUCCCAGUCACCUGCCUUGGAGGUUAGGACAGGUGGCGGGAGGUGAUGUCACCGGGUUGCCCAGCUGGGGACUGAGCAGGAUGUGGGAGGGAGCGGGCAACUCCAGAGAAGCAGAAGGAGGGCUGGCAGCUAGCCAAAGCAGGCUCCAUGGUCAUCCAGGGCUUCUAGGGACAGAAAAGGGAGGCAGAUAAUGUGUUAUCUAUGGCUGCUGGAUGGCGCGUCUCAGCCAUCCCGGCAGGGCAACUUCUGUGCUAGCCUCAGAACAGAGUGGGAGCGAAGAGGGGCUGGAGGGACCCUGGGGUCAGGGGGCACUCCUUGCUACAUCAGGGCCGCAGGAUAGAAUUGGGACAAGUCAAGAGCCAGCUCUGCUCGGUCACACUCGUCCAGCCAGCUGGUACACAUUUGUGGACUACUUGCUGUGUGUAGCAGUGUCUGGGGAGCUGGAGCUACCAAUCCACCGGGGCAGCCAUGCCUCCUCUCCACAUGGCACCACCAGGAGGCACUCGCUCUUGUUCAGCAGGAGCUGGGAGACGACAUCACUCAGGGACCACCUCUGAAAGGGGCAUUUACGCCCCGGAAUGAGCUGGGCUUGGUACUGCCGGCCUUUAACCCCAGCAUGUGAGAGGCUAAGGCAGGAGGGUUGCCGUGAGUUCAAGACCAGCUGAAACACAGCGACUUUCCGGCUAGCCCAGGCUACAGAGUGAGACCAUGUGCCAAAACCAAAAGAGCUCCAAAAUGUUAGGUGAGACUCCCGGCGGUGGCCCAUGGGCCUCUGAGGCUUCCCAGCUUCCCACUUGCUGUGUUAGCACUCAAUGGGAAGGGAACCAAAGUACCAGGCCAAGUGGGUCCAGACAUUGACACCGAAUCUGAGCGGGCGGGCCAGGCUUUGUCCAGCUCUCAGCCAUAGCCUCCAGCCAGUACAAGGAUGGAAGUCAAAGGUCAGCUGAUCAGCUCUCCUACCUUCAAUGCCCCAGCUGCCCUGUUCGGGGAGGCAGCCCCCCAGGUGAAGUCAGAGCGUCUUCGAGGGCUGCUUGACCGCCGGCAGGCCCUGCAAGAGGCCCUGAGGCUGAAACUUCAAGAGCUCAGGAAAGUGUGUCUGCAGGAGGCGGAGCUAACUGGCCAGCUGCCCCCCGAGUGCCCCCUGGAGCCCGGGGAACGCCCUCAGUUGGUACGCCGGAGGCCCCCUGCUGCUCGGGUCUACCCUCCACCACACCCAAACCCAGCUCACCACUCUUUGUGUCCUGCUGAGGAACUGGCUCUUGAGGCCCUGGAGCGGGAGGUGUCUGUGCAGCAGCAGAUCGCCGCUGCCGCCCGACGCCUGGCCCUGGCCCCUGACCUGAGUGGAGAGCAGAGGCGGCGCCGGCGCCAGGUACAGGUUGAUGCGCUUCGGAGGCUGCAUGAGCUGGAGGAGCAGCUCAGGGACUUCCGAGCCCGCCUUGGCCUCCCGGUGCUCCAGCUCUCUGCCGGAGCACUAGUCAAUGCCCAGGGGGUCUGCCUGGGCACACGCCUUGCUCAGCUCAGCCAAGAGGAUGGAGUUCUGCACUCAGAGAGCAGCUCCCUCUCAGAGUCGGGGGCCAGUCAUGAUAACGAGGAUCCUCAUAGCUGCUUCUCUCUAACCGAGCGCCCCUCACCACCAAAGGCCUGGGACCAGUUUCGGGCAGUAUCUGGGGGGAGCCCUGAGCGGCGAGCUCCAUGGAAACCUCCCCCAUCGGAUAUUUACGGGGACCUGAAGAGCCGGCGCAACUCUGUGGCCAGCCCCACCAGCCCCACACGCUCGCUGCCCAGGAGUGCCUCCAGUUUUGAGGGGCGAAGUGUGCCUGCCACUCCUGUCCUCACCCGGGGCACUGGCCCCCGGCUCUGCAAACCCGAAGGCCUCCAGUCUCGCCAGUGGUCCGGUAGUCAGGACUCCCAGAUGGGCUUCCCUCGGCCUGACCCUGCUUCGGAUCGGGCCUCCUUCUUCGCAGCUCGCACGCGCCGCAGCAAUAGCUCUGAGGCCCUGCUGGUGGACCGGGCAGCUGCUGGGGGAGCUGUAUCUCCACCUGCUCCCCUGGCUCCCCCUGCUGCUGGUCCCCCAGUCUGCAAAAGCAGUGAGGUGCUGUAUGAGCGCCCCCAACCAGUCCCUGCCUUCUCCUCCCGCACCACUGGCCCCCCAGACCCUCCUCGGGCUGCCCGGCCUAGCUCAGCUGCCCCUGCAUCCCGUGGGCCCCCUCGGCUCCCACCUGUAUGUGGAGACUUCCUCUUGGACUAUUCAUUGGACAGGGGCUUGCCCCGUGGUGCUGGUGGGGCAGGUUGGGGGGAUCUGCUGCCGGCUCCUGAAGUCCCAGGACCCCUUUCCCGCAGAGAUGGGCUCCUUGCCAUGCUCCCUGGUCCCCCACCCAUAUAUGCAGCUGACGGCAGCAGCCCCCUUCUCCGCAGCAAAGACCCCAACACCCGUGCCAUGCGUUCCAAGCCCUGUGGCCUGCCCCCGGAAGCUAUGGAGGGUCUGGAAGUGCAUCCCAACCCGUUACUCUGGGUGCCGCCACCCGCCCGGCUACCUCCAGGUGGUGAGCGAGGUGGCCAUAAGAACCUUGCCCUGGAGGGGCUCCGGGACUGGUACAUCCGGAAUUCAGGACUGGCCAUGGGGCCCCAGCGCCGGCCAGUGCUCCCCCAUGUGGGCCCGACACACGUACCCUUCCUCCAUGCCCGCUGCUAUGAGGUGGGCCAGGCUCUAUACGGUCCUCCCAGCCAGGCACCGCUCCCGCACUCGAGGAGUUUCACAGCACCCCCUGUCUCCGGCAGGUAUGGGGGUGCUUUUACUGAUGGGUAGGGGUGUUGAAUCAGAUGCUGAAGGUAUCCUGCCCAGGGAGCACUGUGUCAAAAUAGCUGAUGAGUGGGACCACAAGGAUACUAGCUGUAGUCUUGGCAUGGGGUCACUCUCAGACAUAGCCCGCAUUAGUCUUUGGGGUCCUGGUGAGGGGGAUCUUGGAUGUUGGGGGCAGGAGUUCUUUCCCAAGCUUUAGAAGGAUUUUCUCUAUUCUCCCUAGUACUUGACAGCUGGCGGUGAGCCUUGAAGUCGGGGUGCUGGGAGGAGGAAGGGGACAUGUGCUCUCCCUGGCCUUCUCUUCCGAGCUCCAUACCCCCUGCUUAAGAGCCUGAAGGUGCUGUCCUGUGCCUGUCUCCACCUCUUUAACAAGCCUCUUUUCCUCUCUCUCUCUGUGUGUCCUGUCUGUCUUUUCCUCUCUUAUCCUCCCUGUCUUCCGGAUUCCUGCUGUCCUUUCUAAAGAUACUACACGGACUUCCUGUAUCCCCCGGAGCUGAGCGCUCGUUUAAGUGACCUGACGCUAGAGGGGGAGCAGUCUUCCAGUUCUGAUCCCCAGACCCCAGGGACAUUGGUCUGACCCUUUCUCAUAAGCCCCUUGUUGCUCUGGAAAGAAUACUCCAGUCUGGGGGACACGGUCGACCUCGCUGAGCCCUGGGAUGUGGUUGCUCUUGGUCCUGAGGGACAACUGCUCGGUCUCACAGGACCCCCUGACUUCUUUCGGGCCCAAGAGGAUGUCUGAUACCCCUGCUUCUCUUCUCAUCCUGUGCUGGGGGACUGGAGGGCCCCAGCUAGCUUCAAAGAGGGGAUAAUGAUUUGGGGACUCUGCCCCUUCCUCCAUUUCUGUUUACAGUUGUGAUUUAGUAUUCACUGUCUUUGCCCAACACUAGGGAUUUUCUAAAAGGGAAACUGUGAGCUCAUUCCUGGUUGGGUUCAUUCCUGUUCCGAUGCCCAGACUGUUCCAUUCAUGAGCCACUACCCCGCCUCAACAAGAUGGACCAUAGAGUCUCCGGGGCUGAGAUACUGCUGUGAACAGAACUCCCUGCCUCCUCCCACUAGAGUUCUUGGGCAGCUGGGCUCCUGUCCACAUUUGAAGGAUAGAAGUCUAGGUGGGGUAUCUGAAGGAGCUGUUGUCUGCCUCCGCCCGCGGCCUCAGUGCUGAGCUGCUCCGGUCAGGAGGCCACAGAGGCUGUCAAGCAGAGCCAUUUGAGUGUGUCACUUCCUGGGAUGCCGCAGUGGUUAAACCUGGCAACUAGUAGAUGCCAGCAAAACCCUCAGGUGACAUCCGGCCGUGGGCCACAGACCACAUCGUGUCCUCCUUGGCAUUCCUUCUAUUUACCACUUUUUAAACAAAUCCACAUCAGCUGUGUUUUCUAUAUUGUCUGUGACUUUCUGGAGCCGGGGGUUCCCCUACCCCCUUACCUGGUGUUACAUUUUCUUUUUGUACCGAUGGAUCUGGGCCCAAGACACUACUCACACUGGAAGGGGAUUUCUAUAAUAAAUAUAUAAACUGAC